UAUCUGUUAUAGUGCUUUAAGAGCUUUCUUCGCCAUUUCAUCUUCCCAAUGUUGCCCGUCAAACGUAGUGAAACGUAAUUCUUUCACCGUUGGAGAAUCUAUGCAGUGCGGCAUGAUACCUGAAAACACGAAUAUUUUCAAUGUGCCUAUUCUCGUUGCAUAA